AUGCAGUUAGCUAUUGCACUUUAUAAUAAUGAUGUUGAUGAUGAAGAUGAAUUAGAAUUUCUCAAAGGUGAUAUAUUAACUGUUCUAAUUGAAAAUCCAAAUGGUCUCAAUGGUUGGUGGUUAUGUCAACAUAAUGGAAAAUGUGGUUUAUGUCCAGGAAAUCGUUUAAAACUUAUUUCAGAUACAACAACAUCAUCAGAAAUUAAAUUAGAUAAACCAAAAUGUUCUUCUCCUUGUCUAUCAACAGCAUCAAUGUAUGAUAGUCUAUCAAAUGAUUAUGAUAUUCCAAUAACAGCAUCAACAUCAUCAUCAUUGACAACAUCCUCAUCUGAGCAUGACUAUGAUAUUCCACACGGAUCAGAUGUUAUUUCCAAUUCACAUACUCCAAUACCAAAUGAUUCGUCACCGGAAUCUUCAUCACGUUCAUCAGGAAUUUAUUCUACCAAUGAUCUUCGUCUAUCAGAUUUAUCUUCAUCUUCAUCCUCAUCAGAAUUUCAUACAUCUACGAUGAACGGUAAUAGUCAUACUCAUGCAUUAUCAUCAUCAUCAAGUGAUAUUGAUCAAUUACAAACUUCUUUUCGAAAAUUAUCUAUACGUUCUUUAUUACUUGAUAAAUAUCGUCAACUCUUAUCAAAUUCAAAUACUGAUUCAAUCAAUCAUUUAUUUAUUAGUGAAUGUCGAAUAUUUCUUUAUGAUUAUGGUUGUUUAUUAGAUCGACAUACAUAUAAAAUUUUUAAACAAAAUUUACUCUAUGAAUUAGAGCAUAUUACAAAGAAUAAUAAUCAACGAAUUAUUCAAUUAGCAACACAAAUCAUCUAUUUAAUAAAACCAAUUAUUGAAUUACGUCUUAAGCAGAAAAAUACGAGUUUUUCAUCGAUACCAGUUGAUGUUUUUAAAAAACUUAAUCUUGAACCCAUUGAAGAAUUAACAAAUGAAAAUGAGAAUAAAAAAAUGCCAACAUCUAUGUCAACAACACAAAUAUAUGGAAAUUUUCAAAAUAAGAAGUCAAAAGGUCAUACUCGUUCUUUACAAAUGACAACAUCUAAAACAUGUCAUUCAAAUUUUCUUACUGAAAUCAAUAAUAAAUCAGAUGAUUAUGAUUAUAUUGAUGAUGAUUAUUCAACAAUUCCUUCGACAACCACAGAUCCACUUGUAAAAUGUUAUCAUCGACAUAUACGUGAACAUAUAUCAUCCAUGUUUAUGCGUUAUACACAUCUAUCUCAGUUAAAUCGACAAUUGAAUGAAACAAAUACAACUGCAUUGUUAAUAACUGAAGGCAAAGCACUUAUAGUUGCUGGACAUAAACUUGUAUUUGUACUUGAAACAUUACAUGAACAUCUACGACAUUCAAUCAAAAUAAAACAAAUUCAAACACCAUUAAUCUAUCUAACAAAACAAUUAUGUGAUGCAUUAACAUCAUUUGUUCAAUUACUAAAACAAUUUAGUAAUCAAAACUGUACAAAUAUUCAAAAAUUUCAACAUGAUACACAAAUUAUCAUGAAUUUAGUCAAAAAAAUAAAACAACAAUGUAGUUCAGUUUAA